AUGAGGGAGAAGCCCAUCAUGUCUCCUUCAGAGACGACCCCGCUUCUCAUCGUACCGGUCGCUCCCCAGCGUUACCGGUAUCCCCAUCACAAGCUUCGCCGAGCCUGCACCUAUUCCUUAGGCUUUCUUCUCUUCGUUGCUAUUGCUCUAUUCUUAUUUCCAUCAGCUCUUCUUCCGCGCGAAGGCGGCUCGCUCUGGUCGUAUCUUCCCGGCGCGCACCCAUACCCGAGCUCCUGGCCCAGCAGUAACGGCCUCGACUACGAGGAGCUCGAGACUCUCCUUCUGGGAACCCCAUCCGCGGCCCGCGCACGGGAAUGGAGCAAGUACUACACCGCCGGACCUCAUCUUGCGGGAAAGAACCUCAGCCAGGCACUCUGGACAAAAGAGCGCUGGGAGGAAUUCGGCAUUGAGGAUACCAAGAUCGCCUCUUACGAUGUCUAUCUCAACUACCCUAUCGACCACCGGUUGGCUCUGUUGAAGGGGAACAACGUCACAUAUGAAGCCUCGCUGGAAGAGGACGUCCUGGAGGAAGAUAGCACCAGCGGUUUGCGCGACCGUAUACCCACAUUUCAUGGAUACUCUGCUAGUGGAAACGUGACAGCAGGGUUUGUCUACGUCAACUUUGGUACCUACGCUGAUUACGAGGACCUGGUGAAUGCGAAUGUUACUCUUGAGGGGAAGAUUGCGAUUGCUAAGUACGGCCGUAUCUUCCGUGGUCUGAAAGUGAAAAGGGCGCAGGAGCUUGGAAUAGUCGGCGUGGUUCUCUAUGACGACCCGCAGCAGGAUGGCGAAUUUACAGAGGAAAACGGUUACAAGCCGUAUCCCGAAGGCCCAGCAAGAAACCCCAGUGCUGUUCAGCGGGGGAGCACUCAAUUCUUGAGUUUUGCGCCGGGCGACCCUACUACUCCUGGGUAUCCCUCUAAACCGGGAUGUGACAGGCAGGAUCCCCAUAACUUCAUCCCGUCUAUCCCUUCAAUACCAGUCUCCUAUACGGACGUGCUGCCCCUUCUGAAAGCACUAAAUGGCCACGGUCCAAAGGCAUCUGACUUCAAUGAGUGGUGGCAAGGCGGAGGUCUUGGCUACAAAGGUGUUGACUACAAUAUUGGACCUUCGCCAGAUGACAUCACUGUCAACCUGUAUAAUGAGCAGGAGUACGUUACUACUCCUCUGUGGAAUGUCAUCGGUGUUAUCCCCGGCUCCCUCCCCGACGUUGUGGUUUUGGGCAACCACCGCGAUGCUUGGAUUGCUGGUGGUGCGGGUGAUCCUAAUAGUGGUUCUGCUGCGCUGAAUGAGGUCAUCCGCAGCUUCGGUGAGGCUCUCAAAGCCGGCUGGAAGCCCCUCCGCACUAUCGUCUUCGCAAGCUGGGACGGAGAGGAGUACGGGCUGCUAGGUUCUACAGAGUGGGUGGAGGAUCACCUCCCCUGGCUCUCAAAAUCCAAUGUUGCAUACCUGAAUGUCGAUGUUGCGGCAUCCGGUAGCCGGAUUUCUCCCACUGCAAGCCCACUUCUUAACAAACUAAUUUAUGAAGUCACUGGCCUGGUCCAGUCUCCGAACCAGACGGUCGAAGGACAGACAGUCCGCGAUGUUUGGGACGGAUACAUUGGAACAAUGGGCAGCGGCAGUGAUUUCACCGCAUUUCAAGACUUCGCUGGAAUUCCUAGCUAUGAUCUCGGGUUUGGCCCCAGCUCUGAGGACCCUGUCUACCAUUACCACUCCAACUACGACAGCUUCGAUUGGAUGCAGAAAUUUGGUGAUCCACAAUUCCUCUAUCACGAAGCCUGCACCAAGAUCUGGGCCUUGGCUGCUGCGAAGCUAGCGGAAACUCCCGUUUUAUUCUUCAACGCCACUGACUAUGGCUUGGGUUUGGAGGAGUAUGUAGACCGAAUUCGGUCCAGUGCAGACAACCUGCCUGGUGGCGUCUCCUUUGACUUUGGGCCGUUAUACGCUGCGAUUAGCAAGUUCCAGAAAGUUGCGAUUAAAUUCGAUGCCUAUGCGGCGGACUUGACAUCGCAACUCGAUGAAGACCUUCCUUGGUAUCUCUGGUGGAAGAAGGUCAGGCUAUUCUUCCUGAUUCACAAUGUCAACACCAAGUACAAGAAUAUCGAGCGCCAGUUCUUGUACGAGGAGGGUUUGGAUGGUCGUAGCUGGUUCAAGCACGUGGUAUUUGCCCCCGGUAUCUGGACAGGAUACGCGGGCGCGACUUAUCCAGGUCUUGUGGAAAGCCUGGAGGCUGACGAUGUAGCUAACGCUGCUAAAUGGCUGUAUAUAAUCAUUGAGCGUGUCGAUGCGGCGGCCAAACUGCUCCAGUAG